AUGUACAGCCAGCGGUUUGGCAUCGCACCUCGGGAGGUUAAGGGCCCCACUCCCAAAGUGGUGCUCCUGAGAGCCAAGCCUCCCAAAGGCCAAGGGGUAGAGCGACAUCUGGAGAGAAUCCAGCAUAACCAUGAGAAGCGUCAAGCUAUUUUGACUUCCAUUAAGACAAAUGAGCGAAAUCGCUUGAAAGUUGAGUGGGACCAACACAAUGACCGCAAGUUUUUGGACAGCCUUGUGCAGGCAAGAAUCAAGGAUUCCAUGCAAGGGUUUAUCAUCAACACUGAAGAAAGACGGAAUAAGCUACGUGAACUUUUAGCAUCAGAAGAAAAUGAGUAUUUUACUGAAAUGCAAUCGAAAGAAGAAACAAUUGAGGUAAAAAAAGAUAGAAUGAGAGAGAAAGCCAGAUUAUUAAAAGAGAAGAAAGAAAAAGAGAAACAGAUUUUUGUGGCUGAAAAGCUAGAUCAGCAAUUCAGGGAACGCUGCGAAGAGCUCCGUGUUGAAUUGUUCGGUAGCCACCAGAAGAAGGUGUGUGAAGAGCGGAAAGCACAGAUAGCAUUUAAUGAGGAGAGGAAGAGGCAGAAGCUGGUGGAAGAGCAGAUGUUCUCAAAGCUCUGGGAGGAAGAUCGGUUGGCCAAGGAGCAGCGAGAAGCCCAAGCAGCGAGGAGGCAGAGAGAGCUGGUAGAGGACACGCGCCUGGGGUUGAAUGCCCAGAUCACCGCCAUCCAGGCGCAACAGCGGGCGGCGCAGCAGCUGAAGGAAGAGGAGCGGCGCCUAGUGGCAAGUGAUAAUGCACAGAUUAAACUUGAGAAUGAAAAGGAGAAGCUAAAGAAACAGAAGGCAAAGCAGGAAAUUAGGACCGUUUUGCAAAAAGCCCUCCAAGAGAAGAUAGAGCAUAUUCAGCAGGAAUGCAGAGAGGAGCAGGACUUGAACAUGAAGCUCGUGCAAAGGGCCCUUCAAGACUUACAGGAAGAGGCUGAUAAAAAGAAACAGAAGAAGCCUCUCCGGCCUUCCUUCUACUCCCUCAAUUUCCUCCUCCCUCUGCUCUCCAGCAUGCCAGAUCCAGAGCUAGUUGGAGCACAGGGGCUGGUGCUACAGCACAGCUCCAUGGAUCCAGUGCAGCGAAAAGCAAAAGAGCAGGAAGAACGUGCUAUGGAACAGGAACGCAUAAAUGAAGGUCUUAGAGAACUUAACCGGGAAGAGAAAGAGAAUUUUGCAAGGCGCUGCGGUUUAGCCCAGGAGUACAGGAGGCAACUGCAGAUGCAAAUAGCCGCCCAGCAGCAGGCCAGGGAAGCUGAGAAGGAAGAGACGCGCCGAGAGAUUGAAGCAGGGAUAGCAGCCAACAAGAUUUGCCAGGACAAGAUCCAGGAGAUCCUGACCAACCAUCAAGUGCUGGCCCGAAACAUUCAUCCCAUGAGGCGAGGAUGCCCUGAUAAGCUUCCACCGUAGUUUUAUAAAUGUUCAGCUAGUGUUUCUCAGUCUUUUAAUAUUUUAACAAUAUGCUUUUGUGUUCCUUUUAACUCAUGGAUGAACCUUUUUUUUUUUCCUCAGAAUUUUUAUAGCUUAUUAUGCAUAAUUUUCUUUCUUCAAAUAAGACUGUUCCUUAUUUAAAUUUCACAGACUUAUACAUCUGAAGGAUAAAUUUCCUAUUUUCCUGACUU